AUGCUUGCCACGCUGAUGAACGCCCUUGCUUUGCAAUCGGGCUUUGAAUUAAUUCACAUGAAAGCCCGUGUGCAAUCAGCCAUUCGCAUUGAUGCAAAAGUGUCGGAAAACUAUGUCUUAGAAAAAGCAAUUAACGCCCUUGAACGCGGCGAAGUAGUCAUUUUUGGGGGCGGCACCGGCCGCCCUUACUUUACUACCGAUACGACCGCGACGUUAGUGGCAAGCGAACUAAAAGCUGAUCUAAUUUUGCUUGGCAAAAAUGGCGUCGAUGGGAUUUAUGAUGCCGACCCACGCCUCCACAAAGCGGCGCGCCGGUUUGAUGCAAUUACGUGGGACCAAAUCUUGCAAUUAAAUUUAAAAGUGAUCGAUGCCACGGCAGCAUCAAUGGCGCGCGAUAAUAACAUUGAACUAAUUUGCUUUGACAUCAACGAAAAAGACGCCCUCAUGCGCGCCACGACAGGCGCCAUUACCCACACUAAGGUGACCCGCUAA